AUGUCUCUCGCUUUCCGCCUCGCCUUCAACCUCGCAUCCCGCCUCGCCCUCGACUUCGACUUCGACUUCGACUUCGCCCUCGACUUCGACUUCGACUUCACCCCGACUUCGCCUUCGCCUCGCCUCGCCGCCACUCGCCCCCGGUCGACAUGUGAGCUCAGACCACAUUCGCAACGCUCCCUGCACUAG